CGCUAGCGCGCAACGCAGGCCGCAUCUCUCUCCGCGUAGCCCUCUUAGCUGGCCAGCACGGGCUCCUGACAUCAGUUUCCAGGCGUCGUCGGUCGGUGCAGUUCGCCAGCUAUCUUCGCGGCGUCGCUUCGCCAGUCUCAAAAAGUGUUCUUGCCUCGCCUCCAUUUUUGCCGCCGCAUUGCCGGCCGCAUCCAAGAAAUACGCAAAUCUAUGUUCCGCCUCUGCCUCCUCGCAGCCGGCGCGGCGGCCAUCUCUACCGAUGCCAUCGUUGACGACGCCGAGACGCUGCGCUCGGCCCUGAGCCACCUCAAGCUCGACGUGCGCGCGUCGGAGCUGGCGCGGCUCAAAGAAGCCCCGAACCUGGUCAAGCUCCUCGCCACCGCGCGCGACGACCCCCAUACAUUGGCGGCCCAGCUCGCCGCGUCGCCGCUGGCGGCCAUCGCGCGCGAGGUCGCGCCGCCGACGAACACGAGAGAUGUGACGGGCGCGCUCCCGAUCGUCACGGCGCACGGCAUGGGCGACAGCUGCUUCAACGCCGGCAUGAAGAGCGUCACGGCGGCAGCCGGCAAGCGUGUGGGCGCCUACGCCGUCUGCGUGCCGACGGCGGACACUACGGUCGGAGAUACAAUAGACGGGUUCCUGAAGAACAUGGACCGGAGCGUGGACGCCUUCGCGGAGCGGGUCAGGAAGGACCCGAAGCUUAAAAACGGCUUCAACGCCCUCGGGCUGUCGCAGGGCAACAACGUGAUCCGCGGCUACAUCGCCAAGUACAACGACCCGCCCGUGCGCACGUUUUUGUCCAUUUGUGGGUGUAAUGCCGGUGUGGCCGCGUGGCCGCAGUGCAGUCCCGCCGGAAAGUUGAUCGGGCCCGUCUGCCGGGCGCUCGCCGAGGUUUUGGGCGACCUCGCGUACCUAAAAGUUGUGCAAGAUAUCCUCUUCCAGGCGAACUACUACCGAGACCCGCUGCGGCUCAAGGACGACGCGUACCUGUCGAACUCGCGGCUGGCCCACUGGAACGGCGAGUCCCACGCGAACGCGACGUGGCGCGCCAACUUCCUGCGAACAGAAAAAUUCGUCUGGGUCGAGGGCACGCGCGACACCGUCGUGUUCCCGCGAGACGGCGAGCACUGGGCCGCGCCGGACCCGGCCGACCCCUGGAAGGGCGUGCAGCCCAUGAAGCAGACGGCGUGGUACACGUCCGACGCCUUCGGCCUGCGCACGGCCGACGACCAGGGCAAGCACGCCUUCGAGUCCUUCGCGGGCCAGCACAUCGACUUCACGGACGAGGAGUUGUUUGGGUGGCUCGACAAGUACUUCACGUGAUUGCCCCUUUCCCUCCUGUGUGUAAGAAGCUACUACAUAGC